AUGGAUGAACCUGUUAUGAUUUAUUUGACUGAUGUGUUUACAACUGGCAUGAUGUUUGAUACACGAGAUGAAUUAUUGAAAUGGGCUAGAAAUGUUGGAAGGGAAAAUGGAAUUGUUGUUGUGAUUUUUAGAUCUGAAAAUGCGACCGCACGACCAAGAACAAAGACAAAAUUAAUUAUUGGUUAUGAAAGAAGUGGUAAAUAUAGACCAUGGAAGAAUCCUAAUCUUACGAGGAGUACUUGGACUAGAAAAUGUGAUUGUCCAUUUAGAUUGAGAGGAACACGAUCAAGUGUUGGUGAUGGAUGGUAUUUUCAUGUAAUAUGUGGUCUCCAUAACCACGAAUUGGCCAAAAAACUAACCGGUCGCUCUUUCUUAGGCCGAUUGUCUCAAGAUGAGAAAAAUGUACUUGGUGAUAUGACAAAGAACUUUGAAAAACCAAAAAACAUUUUAAUGACAUUGAGGGAUCACAAUUUUGAAAGUUUGACGACAAUAAAACAAGUUUACAAUGCACGUCAAGCAUAUCGUUCAUCACUUAGAGGUAGUAGAACAAAAAUGCAACAUCUUUUGACAUUGAUGGAACGCGACAAAUAUGUCUAUCUAUAUAGGAAAGUAGAGGGUUCAGAUGAGUUGAGGGACAUCUUUUGGACCCAUCCAGAAGCUAUCACUCUUGUAAAUAAUUUUCACAUAAUAUUGAUUAUGGAUAACACUUACAAGACCUUCUGA